UGUGUCCUCCUGCUUCCGUGGCUUUCGUCCUCCUCCUCUCUACGGCGUCACCUCCGACGCUGGCCCAACCGCCGUUCCCCGCCACCCGUGACCGGUGUCGCCGCCGCUCAUCCCUCUAAACCCCCAGCCCCCUUUCCGGCGAGCGGCUGCUCUGUCUUCCAUUAAUCGACUGAACAAAUUUUUUUUCAAUCGACUACGGCGUUGCUCAGUACAGUACUCCGUUUACUGGGAAUCAGUCUGCUAGAGACGGUGCUGGCCAUGGUCGCGCCGCAGGCCGAGCUCCUCGCCCCCAAUCGCCGCCGAAUUCCCGUCGGUAAGAAGCCAUUGAGCGACCCCGACGGGCUGGGCGUGCGUGCUCCCGGAGGCGUCACCUGGUAGCGCGGCCUUUGGGGGUUCCGGAUCCAUGGCGGGCGGCGACAGCUUUGGCUGCUGCGGCGGCCUUGUCGAGGGUUUCUGCGGCCUUGCUCAGGUUUUCCUGGCUCCUCGGGGGCGUCCGUCUGCUGGAAUCCUCGCCAGGAGGCCCGGCGAUCCGUUCUUGAGUUCUUCUCAGGCUGGGUGGGCGGUGUCGCCGCGGGAUGUGGAGGUCCGCUGCGACAUGGAACGCUCUUCCGGAGCGGCGAGGAUGCUGCGUUUUGAUUAUCGGGAGGAGAACCUGCCCCCCGCGGCCAGGAACUCGCCGGCGGCGGCGGGCGAUCUGUGCUCGAGUUCUUCUAUGGUUGGGUUGACAUCGUGGGAUAUGGAGAUCAUGGCCGAGACGGAGUACUCUCUCCCAGUGGCACGGCAGCUGCGUUCUGCUGGUCAGGAUGAGGGCUUGUUGUCCCCAAUGGUCAGGAAUUCGCCGGCGGAGGCGCCACCGCAGCCGAAGGGCAUGGCCGGUGGCGUUGAAGACGACGACGACGACGAUGACUGCGUGAUUCUGGACAGUGAUCCUUUCAGCGCGGUCGCCGUGAAUGAUGAGAAGGACGGCGGCUCGGAUGAGGAGCUGCAGAUAGUCGCGGAGAAAGGCAAGGUAGCAUGCAGGGACUUCCCACACUCGCGCCAUUUAUGUUCUAAUAUGCCCUUCGGCGCUACCUCUCACGAGAAACAUUGUGCCAUGUGCUACUGUUUUGUGUGUGACGCCCCAGCUCCAUGCAGUCAUUGGGGUAAGGGUCUCUCGGUUGGCGAUCAUUGUCACGCCACGGAUAAGGAAACCAAGUGGAAAAUGCUGAGGGAGGCAUUCAGGUGCAGAAAUCUACCAGCGUCUCAUCCAGAAACAGAAACUGCUGUGCACCCAGCAAUGGUGUCGCUCGGCCGCCUUUUUCUUAGCAAUCAGAUUUCUCUUCAGGAUGUUGUGACCCAAAACCGAAACACACAUACUUCAGUUAGAGCCUCACUGAGUGUAGCACCGAUUGUCAAUGCGCCAAGAGAGGGAAGUGGUACAGGCAGUGCUCACACUGCUCAAGUUACCCGCCUAGGAGAGCCAACUGUCAGUGCACCAAGGGCACACCCUGUGGCAGGAGCUGGAAGAGGUACGAGCAGCACUCACACUGCUCAAAUUUCUGCCCCAAGAGCAUUCUCUGCAACAGGAGUUGGAAGAAGUGGUACAAGCAGUGCCCACAGUGCUCAAGUUACUCGCCUAGUAGAGCCAACUGUCAAUGCACCAAGGCCACACCCUGAAGUGGGAGCUGGAAGAGGUACGAGCAGCACUCACACUGCUCAAAUUUCUGCCCCAAGAGCAUUCUCUGCAACAGGAGUUGGAAGAAGUGGUACAAGCAGUGCCCACAGUGCUCAAGUUACUCGCCUAGUAGAGCCAACUGUCAAUGCACCAAGGCCACACCCUGAAGUGGGAGCUGGAAGAGGUACAAGCAGCACUCACACUGCUCAAAUUUCUGCCCCAAGAGCAUUCUCUGCAACAGGAGUUGGAAGAAGUGGUACAAGCAGUGCCCACAGUGCUCAAGUUACUCGCCUAGUAGAGCCAACUGUCAAUGCACCAAGGCCACACCCUGAAGUGGGAGCUGGAAGAGGUACAAGCAGCACUCACACUGCUCAAAUUACUCACCCAGUAGAGCCAACUGUCGGUGCAGCAAGAGCAUACUCUGCAGCAAGAACUGGAAGAGGUACUAGCAAUGCUCAGUCUGCUCAAAUUACUCGCACCGUGGAGCAAACUGUCAGUGCACCAAGAGUAUACCCUGCGGCAGGAGCUUCAAGCAAUGCUCACUCUGCUCAAAUUACGUACCCUGCCACUGCAGGUGGCUACCUCCCGGAGCCCGAUGCGCCGGAGGGGGCCACGGUGUACGUCGGGAACCUACCCUACCACAUUGACAAUGAGAGACUCAAGCUAAGCUUCCAAGGUGCUGGGGUCGUCCUGUUCUCAAAGGUCAUUUAUGACAGAGAAACAGGCCAGAGCCGUGGAUUUGGGUUUGUCACCAUGAGUACUGUUCAGGAGGCUGAGAAGGCUGUGAGGAUCUAUCAUGGCUCUGGGAUGUAUGGCAGGCCUCUGACUGUAAAAAUCGCAGCUCCUAGAGGAGGCGCCCGGGUGGAUGCCCCUCGCCGUCAAUCCGGUUCCCCACUCAGAAUAUUCGUAUGCAAUCUGCCGAGUCAAGUGGACAACUCUCGGCUGGAGGAGCUGUUCAGCAAGCAUGGCAAAGUGGUUGAUGCAAGAGUUGUCUAUGAGCGCCGAGAAGGGGCCUCGUGUUCGAGGGGAUUUGGCUUCGUCACAAUGGCGACCGACGAGGAAUCGUACAAGGCGAUACGCGCCCUCAACAAGCAGAUUCUGGAGGGAAAUGCCCUGGGAGUGAAGGUUGCAAGGGAGCGGGCAGACCCAGUCUGCCUCCCUCUUAGCAACCGGAUUCCUCCUCAGAAUGCUGUCAGUCCAAACCAACACGCACAUACUUCGGUUGGAGCCUCGCUGAAUGUAGCGCCAACUGUCAGUGCCCCAAGAGCAUACCGUAUAACAGGAGCUAGAAGUAGUACAAGCAAUGCUUCCACUGCGCAAGUUACUCACCGACUAGACCCAACUGUAAAUGCACCAAGGCCGGGAGAAUAUGGGAUGCUCCCUCCCCCUAGUAGCUAGUUGAUUGGCCUUUGCUCUUUUACCUAAUUGUUCCUCUAUGGGCCCCAAUGCCUAUGCACUAUACUCCUCAGAAGCCAGUAUAUAGAAUAUUUGUCCUCAA